GCUUUUUAACUUAUCGUGGCCAUCAUCAGGGUGAGGCUUAGACACAGCGUAUCAAAAAUGAGUCAGACAUGAACGUCGACUCGACUACUUCUCGCAGCCUCGCUGAGCCAACCACUCCACACUAGGUACCCUCAGCGCUUGGGGCGCCCACCGGUCACAACAAGGGACUGACUUCACAAGUACUGAGUUAAGCUCUGAGCCUCUAAAGUUGAACAAAAUGCCUCGACCGGUCAAUGUCCGCGUCACUACAAUGGACGCUGAGCUGGAGUUUGCCAUCCAGUCAUCCACGACAGGCAAACAGCUUUUUGACCAGGUGAUCAAGACGGUGGGUGUACGUGAGGUGUGGUACUUCGGGCUUCAGUAUGUAGACAACAAAGGUGUCCUUUCAUGGCUGAAACUCGACAAGAAGGUGAUGUCUCAAGACAUGAAGAAGGAGGUUCCUUUGCAGUUCAAGUUCCGCGGCAAGUUCUACCCCGAGGAUGUGUCCGAGGAGCUGAUUCAGGACAUCACACAGAAGCAGUUCUUCCUGCAAGUGAAGGACGCCAUCCUGAGCGACGACGUCUACUGCCCACCAGAGUCCGCGGUGCUGCUGGCGUCCUAUGCCGUGCAGGCCAAGUUUGGGGAUUUCAACAAGGAGGUGCACAAGUCUGGCUACCUGUCAGCCGAACGCCUGCUGCCACAGAGAGUUCUGGAUCAGCACAAGCUCUCCAAAGAACAGUGGCAGGAGAGGAUUCAGGUCUGGCACGAGGAACACAGAGGGAUGGUGAAAGAGGACUCCAUGAUUGAGUAUCUGAAGAUUGCUCAGGAUCUGGAGAUGUAUGGUGUCAAUUACUUUGACAUCAAGAACAAAAAAGGCACAGACCUCUGGCUAGGAGUGGAUGCAUUGGGCCUGAACAUCUAUGAAAAAGAUGACAGACUUACACCAAAGAUUGGAUUUCCCUGGAGUGAAAUUAGGAACAUUUCUUUCAAUGACAAGAAGUUCAUCAUCAAGCCCAUAGACAAGAAGUCCCCAGACUUUGUGUUCUAUGCCACACGCCUGCGUGUCAACAAGCGGAUCCUCCAGCUGUGCAUAGGAAACCAUGAGCUGUACAUGCAGCGCCGAAAGCCGGACACCAUCGAGGUCCAGCAGAUGAAGGCCCAGGCCCGCGAGGAGAAGCACCAGAGGCAGAUGGAGAGGGCCCAGCUGGAGAGCGAGAAGAAAAAGAGGGAGGCGAUGGAGAAGGAGAAGGAGCAGAUGGAGCGCGAGAAACUGGAGCUGAUGACCAGGCUCAAACUGUUUGAGGAGCAAACCAUGAAGGCCGAGAGAGAUCUGAAGGAUCAGCUGGACCGGGCCAUGCGUCUGGAAGUGGAGCGCCGGCAGGCGGAAGAGGAAGCGGCUCGGUUGGAGGCUGAGCGGCAGGUGGCCUUGCAGGCCAAAGAAGAGCUGGCCAGACAGGCCGAGGACCAGAUGAAGACCCAGGAGCACCUGUCUGCAGAGCUGAUGGAAUAUAGUGCUAAAAUAGCCUUGCUGGAGGAGAUCAAGAGACAAAAGGAAGAGGAGGCCGACUCAUGGCAAGUCCGGGCCAGGGAGGCGCAGGAUGACCUGGUGAAGACUCGUGAGGAGCUCCAGAUGGUGAUGACCACCCCUGUGGUGGUGCCCAUGGCGGCCCCAGCACUAGAGGAGGAGCCUCUGGUGAAUCAUGAGAACCACCAUGAUCCCGAGGAGCACGAAGACAGCAACAGCACCGACAGUGCCGAGCUGCAGGUGGACGGCAUCGAGGACCACCGCAACGAGGAGGAUCGCCUCACCGAGGCCGAGAAGAACCAGCGCGUGCAGCAGCAACUCAUGGCUCUCAGCUCUGAGCUGGCUGCAGCCCGUGAUGACACCAAGGCUACCGCCAAUGACAUGCUGCACACGGAGAAUGUGCGUGCCGGCCGAGACAAAUACAAGACCCUGCGUCAGAUCCGCAUGGGCAACACCAAGCAGAGGAUAGAUGAGUUUGAGGCACUGUAAGGUAGUGUUGUGAUAGUAGCCUGUUGGCUAGCAAGGUCUUUUAGGAAGAUCCAUCACAGCACCCACACAGUUAUCUGCUCCUUCCCCCACACAAACAAACAGAACAGUAGGCCUACCCCCAUCUCACAAGUUAAGUUAUGGUGUUAGGGAGUCAGAUAUUUGUGGUUUUGUAUUCACUCUAGAAGAGAUUCUUUCAUUUAUCUGAGUUCUGUAUUUUUUUGAAAAAUCAUUGCCAAAUCUUUGUAUUUUACUUUUUGUUUUCAUUUGUAAACAAUUGUCAAUCAAAGCCUGAGUUAACUUAAACCGUUAAACCGUGAAGACUGAUACAUGUCUUCAGAAUAAAAGAGCAAAGGACAAAAAGGAAUGGCUUUAAUGGAAGUCAUAAAACUGGAAACAGCAGCCACACUAAACUCUUGGUGUUGCAGUUACAGAACACAAUAUAAUUUAUGUCUUGAUUUGAAGGGUACUCUAUUCCAGUUUUGUGAAUAUGUGGCCACUUUCCAUACAUUAUGUAAAGGUUUACUGACUUACCAGACUGACUCUAUUUGUUGACUAUAUUUGGUCACAUCUGUACCACGAGUAUCUGAAAUCCCUUUAACACAAAGUUCUUUUUUUUUGGUGUUUGGUAUCAUUUCAGCUAUCCUUCGAUUAAUAUUGACAUAAUCUACAUUUAACAUUACUUGAUUAUAUAUAAUCCUUAAUUGAGGUAAAUGCCAAAGAUGCAUCAUACCAAAGAUAGUCUAGACUAUUCAUUUUAUAUUUCUACCAUCUUGCAAGUGUCUGUCUUUGAUUUAUUGAUAUUUCCAACAUGUAAUAAGACUCUGGUAUUGUAGCUGCUACAAGGACAGCCUUUGCUUAUCUGUGAUAAAAGAAGUACCAUUAUCCUCCUGUGAAGUGUCACUUAUAUUUAAACAAUGCCAACAUAACACUGGUCUGAUGUCAAUAAAUAUAGUGUGAAUGGG